AUGUCUGAUGACACCGUCUUCGACCAGAAAGAUGUUAUAAUCCAAAACGUUCUCGAUGAAGAAGAUUUGUACAAAAUCCUAGGAGCGCAACGAUCUGCUUCUGCAGCGGAAUUGCGACGAUGUUACCUCGAGCGGUCCAAAAUAUGUCAUCCUGACAAACCUCCUUUUCAUCCGUUGUCCACUAGCGCCUUUCAGCGACUCGGAUUUGCAUUCGAUAUCCUGAAAUCACCGAGCGCAAGACGGACAUACGAUCGAGCUUCGAAGCCUACAUCCUCCCAAUUACCAGAUAAAACAACCUUCCUCGGCGGCGAACACACAUUCCGCAGUGCUGUCGAGGCUAUACUUCAUGAAUUUAUGACUGGAGAUUUCGUUAUCGUUCGCAGAUGGCUGGAAUCGCUCCAUGCGCAAUAUCCGAAUCUCGUCAGUGAAGAAGUUGUCAUCAACGUCGAGAGGAGUUUUAUACGUAUACGCGAACUAGUUUUGACGACGAGAACAUAUGCGCUUUUGAUAUAUAUUGAGUUGGGUAGAAUACACAGGGUUCAAAAGCGAUUGAUGGGUCUUGGCUACUUGGAUGUGGUUGGAAGAGCAAGACUUACGAUUCAUUUAGUGAGAGUCACAUUGGCAGUGCCAAUGCGUGUUGAUCGAGCUUUAAAACAAAGAGAAGAAAAAGCCUGGAGAGCAAAAGUUGCUGGCUUACAAGCAAGAGGUCUUCAGCCAACUGAAACGAUGGGACGGGCCGGAAUCCUUAACGACCGAGUCAGCAAAGUCUUGGAAUUCAUCGUCGGCGCCGCCGGAAAAGAUGAAGGUGCUGACGAAGCUUGGAGUGCGAAUAUGGGAAAAGCCGCUUGA